AUGUCUGGGCGGCAGCAGCAGGCCCACACACGCCAGGGCGGAGUGCACAUGGCAACUCUUUUUAGGGACCUUGGCGACCUUCAGGCACGUGUGAUUGAACUGGAAGGGAUCAACUCAAAAACUGGGCAUGGCUCACCGGAACGCCAGAAAGGUGGAUGCAAGUGUAUCGGAUCCCCCGGGCCCCCGGGGAAGGUGGGGCCCGUGGGAACGGCUGGCCGCCCGGGGAAGGACGGGUCUCCUGGACCAGGUGGGCCAGGUAUCCCCGGCCCUAUCGGUCCUCCUGGGCUAGCUGGGCCUCCGGGUAAAAGGGGACCGGUGGGGCCGGCUGGCCGCCCGGGGAAAGACGGCCGCGGGCCUACUGGAUCAGUUGGGCCAGGUAUCCCCGGCCCUAUCGGUCCUCCAGGGCUAGCUGGGCCUCCGGGUAAAAGGGGACCGGUGGGGCCGGCUGGCCGCCCGGGGAAAGACGGCCGCGGGCCUACUGGAUCAGUUGGGCCAGGUAUCCCCGGCCCUAUCGGUCCUCCAGGGCUAGCUGGGCCUCCGGGUAAAAGGGGAUCGCUUGUCCUGGGGGCUAUAACGCGUUCCGUGGAAACUGCUUCAAGAUCUUCUUCAACAAGAAGACCUUCGCUGGAGCAGCCGAAGCCUGUCGUGACGAAGGCGGCCACCUCGCCAUGCCCCGCGACGCUGAGACCAACAAGUACCUGCGCAACCAACUGGACAAGCGCCGCUUUGGCUACUGCUGGAUUGGCCUGA